AUGACUAACUAUCCCAUCAAGCCUCUCACCCUGGGCUUUCAUCAGGUGUACGGUCUCUGUUUAAUCAAGAAAGAGCAUCAACUAUUCAUCCUCCUCCUCCUCCCAGCCACUAGGGGGCAUUCCCCAUACCACCCAAUUACCCUGCUAACCUGCUACCUGCCUCCUCCCCACACCACCCUGCUACCCUCCUACCUGCCUCCUCCCCACACCACCCUGCUACCCUGCUACCUGCCUCCUUCCCACACCACCCUGCUACCCUGCUACCUGCCUCCUUCCCACACCACCCUGCUACCUGCCUCCUUCCCACACCACCCUGCUACCCUGCUACCUGCCUCCUCUCCACACCACCCUGCUACCCUGCUACCCUGCUACCUGCCUCCUCCCCACACCACCCUGCUACCCUGCUACCUGCCUCCUUCCCACAUCACCCUGUUACCCUGCUACCUGCCUCCUUCCCACACCACCCUGCUACCCUGCUACCUGCCUCCUCCCCACACCACCCUGCUACCCUGCUACCUGCCUCCUCCCCACACCACCCUGCUACCCUGCUACCUGCCUCCUCCCCACCCCCACCCUGCUACCCUGCUACCUGCCUCCUCCCACACCACCCUGCUACCCUACUACCCUGCUACCUGCCUCCUCCCCACACCACCCUGCUACCCUGCUACCUGCCUCCUCCCCACACCACCCUGCUACCCUGUUACCUGCCUCCUCCCCACACCACCCUGCUACCCUGCUACCUGCCUCCUCCUCACAUCACCCUGCUACCCUGCUACAUGCAUCCUCCCCACAUCACCCUGCUACCCUGCUACCUGCCGUAACUCUGCCUCCUCACUACACCACCCUGCUACCCUGCUACCCUGCUACCUGCCUCCUCCCUACAUCACCCUGCUACCCUGCUACCUGCCGUAA